GGCGCGUAGCACGCUUUCUCGAGCCCGGAGUCGCGGCGUCGUGCUUGCGCGUGUCGCACACUCGAGGAUAAGCAAGGCGGCGUCACGUGUUCACGCGGUGUCGUGGUGCCCGUUCGUGUUCCGAGCGAUGUGCGAUCGCCUCCGAUCCGGCACGGUUGCAGCGCAGCUGCGCUGGACAGCGCUAGUCCUCUGUCACGUCAUCGGACUGGCCGGGUUGAGCGAGGCUCUGCGAUUAGUGCGGCUCGAUAUGCCGGGUGUCGUGAUUCGAGGUGAACCUCUCUGGCUGAACUGCUCCUUCGACCUCGAAUCCGACGAGCUGUACUCCGUGAAAUGGUACAAGAACAACAGGGAAUUCUUUCGGUACCUACCCAACGAAAGCCCGCCUGGACAAGCGUACAAAAUGUCGGGCGUCUACGUGGACGUCAGCCGGAGCUCGGUGGGCAGCCUCUACAUGACGGAGACGGACCUGAAGACAGAGGGCCACUACGCGUGCGAGGUGUCGGCCGACGCGCCUUCCUUCCAGACCGUCCGUUCGGAGAGGGAGCUCAAGGUCUACGGUGAGCGUCCACAACAUCAUCACUACCACCACCUGAGUGUAUUUAUUGCUUUCUUGCUUUUUCGCUUCUUUUUUUAUCUGCCUCUCCUUCAUUGUAGUGCUGCCCAAAAAGGUCCCGAGAUUCGCGGUACUAAGCCCCACUAUAGGAUCGGAGACGUGGUGAACGUCACCUGCUACGCAAGCGCGACAAAACCACCAGCUGUCCUGAUGUGGUACAUCAACGGCGAGCAGAUUCCUCCCGAAUACGAGAGGAUGUACCCAAUCUUCCGUGACCAGGACCACUUGUACCACUCGUCCUUAGGCCUGACCUUCACGGCCGAGCCCCAACACUUCACCUACGGCACCAUGAAGCUCAAGUGCACCGCUACAGUGUCCGGCGCGUACUCGCUGUCCAACGAGGAGAUUGUGGCAGCGGUAGACGCCAAGCGCACCGGCUCAGAAGACGACAAGCCUUCCAUUACUGGCGCCCAAGCGAGCUACCAUGUCGGUGACUUGGUCAACGUCACCUGCAGCUACUCACGCUACGGACGCCCCGUCGACCUACAGUGGCACCUCAACGACCAAGAGGUGUCGAACCGGUACCUGGUCCACUACCCACUCCGGCGGUUAGAGUCCGGCGGCCAAGUGACGUCGCUGGGCCUGCGGUUCACGGUGCGGCCUGGACACUUCGUACGCGACGAGAUGCGCAUCAAAUGCACGGCCACGCUCCAGAAUGCCGGCAGAGGACCACCGCCGGUGUCGUCAUCGUCCGCCUCGCCGAGGGACAGCUCCCACUCGGAGAAGGAGUUUAUGCUUGGCUCCAGCAGCCACCGCUCGUCGGGACUCCAUGUCUCGGAGCACUACGGUGCAGCAGCACUGGACAGCAAUGGAUCAUCUAGACGGAUGUCCAUGGCAUGGAUCAUCCAAAGCUGUGCGGUCACGUUGCUGGGGAUGUUCGCACGAUGAGCACAAACACGAAGCGUCGACUUUGCGACCCUAUACGCUGCUAUCGAGGCGUUAUCUGGCUUUCCAUCAACAUCGAUUGCGGCAUGCGCAAGAAUAGGACUCGCCAUCCCUGCCAUGCGAAAAUGGACGUCCAGCGAAGCUGGUGCAAAACCACCACUACAACUGCUGAUGUAAUGCUUUAUUGAGGGUUCGGAUGCUUGUUUUGAGCUUGUUCUUUAUUGAAACGUAUGCUGUUUUGUGUGUGUUGUAUGUAAUUUCAUUGAAUGUAUGCACUGUUCGCUUCACUUUGCUAAGCGCUUGUAUCCUCAGCCUUACGGGGGUAUGAGCCACUGCAUGUUUUGCUUGCUUACACGAGUAUGAGCCGUUGCUUAUGGGGGUAUGUGCCAUUGCUGAUGAUGAUAGAUGCUUGUUUUGAGCUUGUUAUUUAUUGAAACGUACGCUGUUCUGUACGUGAUGUGUGUUAUUCUAAUGAAUGUAUGCAGUGUUCGCUUCAAUUUGUUGAGUGCUUGUAGCCUCUGCAUUACGAGGGGGGAUGAGCCAUUGCAUUUUUGCUUGCUUAGGGUAGCAUAAUCCAUUGCGGAUGAUGAUAAUUUUUGUUCGCGGACAAAACACGUAAAAUUCCGACCACCGAGACGCUAACAACUUCGCUGUGCAAUUCACCUACCACGCAUGAUAACAGUUUCCCACGUUGAUUUGGCGUGUGACUGAACCGGAACAAUGUUGUGUAUAUAAUUCAGUGCCUUUCUACCUCUUCGCGAAGAUGGUUGACAAACAAAGCAAAUUUUGUCCCCGAUAUGUCGUUGAUCUUAAUGUAUCGUUCGCGAGCUGCCAUGGUCGCAGAUGUAGUCUUUUACAUAAGAGUUGCAUAUGUAUAGCAAUACUAUUUCCAUAUUUAAUAAUCAAACAAAAAGUCCCAUUAGUAACUUAAGAGCCUUUUAGUGCGCUUUGCAUUCAUAUAACAAGUUUACAAAUGAAAAUGAAAGUGCUCAAUUAAGUUCUUGCUUAUUAAGAGCACGGAGUUAUUCAAUACUGCGACAGCGUCUAAACAUGAAGUGUGAAGGCGUAGCGAAGUUCCUCCACACUUUCACGCACAUAGAAAACUUCAUAAAAGUUACGACUGUUCAUUCUACUAAUUACUUAUUUUCAAUCCCUAAGGCUGUCAGUGGAAAGCACUGUUCCAGUCAGCUAUUCUUCCUUUAAAAGCUACAUCUGUUCGUCUACAGCCAACUUUUAACCACUACAACCGAAUGUUCUACGCUAUGUCGUUUCAGGUGAGAGUUUUCUAAUAAAUCUUGACAUUUUAACACCUCAAGUAAGGCGAAAAUGCAGAUAUAUUAAUUGCUCUAGAUUGAGAUACUGUAUCAGUCUGUGUUGGUUUCAAGUGCUCUCAGCCACAGAAACCGACCUUGUAACAUGUGGUUGAUAUAAGCGAAAAUAACCCAUAUUGCUGGCACUAUUAUCUAUAACAUGAUGAAUGCUUACGUAGAGGGCCCACAAUUACAUUGUAUUCACUUUGUAGAGUCGUAGUUGUAUGGUUUCUUACACUUGCCGCUCUAUCUGUAUAUAUGUGCAUAAAGGUUGAAAUACAAUUGUGCUGAUUAGCAGCAGUUACCAACAUACACGAGCGCCAUUUAUUAUUACACCUUGCUGUUUACGUUUAGUAUACGCACCUAUGUAAAAACCAAAGUAGAGCUGGAGUGCUAAAUUAGUUGAUGUGUGAUGUGUGAUUUCACGCGAAGAUGAAACUUUAUUACUGCAAUGAAUAUUAUUGUUUUUCUAGGAACUUGGAUACUUUGCGAGUAUUUGCAUUCUUUCGCGCAGAGUACCUCUCCUGCCAUCAUACGUUUCUGAAUGUUUUUUAUAAAGGGAACAUUUUUUGACCAAGCGGAAUUUCUGUUCUUUCGGUAAAUUUGUUAACAUCCCAAUGACAUAAUCACUGCGUGUUGGCAUACUUGUCCGAUCAAUCCUUUGAUAUCUGAUAAACAUACCACUGCGUCACAUCUGUAUCAAAGCUUCACCGUCAUAUGUAAAUAAAAGAAAAAUAUUGCUUUUCUGGUGCUCAUUGGUGGCCUCAAUUGAAUUCUGAAGGUUUGCUUGAGAUGUGUACAAAGUGCAACCAUGGAAGAAUUCACAAAAGAUGAAAGCAACAGGAU